UAAACUACAAAAAGCCAAAGAGUCGAAGCUGCAGAAGCUAAAGGAGAAGAAGGAGAGCUUAAUGCGCACUAGAAAAAGAUCAUAUGCUACAGCAUGCGUAAAUGUUGAGAGCGCAAAGGCACCCCACAUCAAAAUCCAUGAGAUAGACUCCACACUAGAGGUAGUACUGAUAAGUGGCUUAGAAAAUCAUCAGUUCAUUUUCUACGACAUCAUUCGCCUGCUUGACGAAGAACAUGCCAACGUUGUGCAUGCUAACUUUUCAACUUUGGGAGACUCAACAUUUCACAUAGUACGUGCAGAAAUAGGCAAAUCUAUGUCUGAGUUUGGGGCUGCAAGAAUAACUGAAAAACUUACAGAUUUGUCAAUGGAUCCACCAGCGACCAAGAAUCACAGCAAGAGGAUCACGGUUAAUGAGUUGAGGCAACUACUUUUGAGCAGGAAAAUUCUCCCAACGGAUGAUUAUUUGUUUAUACACAAUCAGAGGAUCAUGCGUGACAAUUGCAGCCUCAGAUGGCAUGGUGUUGGUGAUGGAGAUUUCCUGUAUGUAUUUAAAGGGACUGUUUAUCACAGCGGAUAAAACAAUUAGUUUUAGUCUUAUCACUAAAAGCCUCUUAUCUAAUAUUUGUCAAUUGUCACGUACUAU